CUGGAUGCGUGGCCCGCGAGAAGGCGCUGAUGGCGCGGACCCCUCGCGGGACCCCCCCCCGCGGGCGCCCCCCAAGCCGUGGCUGCAGCACCCCGCGUUCCUGGCCGAGCUGGCGCAGAACCGCGAGUGGCUCCAGAGGAUCGAGAAGGAGGGCGAGGAGCUGGUGCAGGCCAAGCCGGAGCUGAGCGGGGCCGUGCGGCGGCAGCUGGAGGAGCUGCGGCGCUGCUGGCAGGAGCUGGAGAGCUCCAGCCAGGCGCGGAGCCGGCGCUUGGCCGAGGCCGCGGCCGCCGAGCGCCUGGCGCGGAGCUUCGCCGACGUGGAGGCGCGGCUGGGCCGGCUCGAGGAGCAGCUCGAGAGCGUCGGGGGCAGCGGCUCCGACCUGCGCAGCGUCAGCCGGCAGCUCCACCGGCUGCAGACCAUGGAGUCGCAGGUGGAGCAGUGGUCGCAGGAGGUGGGCGAGCUGCAGGCGCAGGCGGCGGCGCUGCCGGCGGCGGCGGCCGGGCGCGAGGCCGUGGGCGAGCGGCAGAGCGCGGUGGGGACGCGCAUCGUGCGCCUCAUCGAGCCCCUCAAGGAGCGCCGCAGGAUCCUGCUGGCCUCCAAGGAGGUCCACCAGGUCAGCCACGAGCUGGAGGACGAGGUGAUGUGGGUCCAGGACCGCCUGCCCUUGGCCAUGCUCAAGGACCACGGCACCAACCUGCAGACCGUCCAGCAGUUCAUCAAGAAGAACCAGAACCUGCGCCGGGAGAUCCAGGUGCACCGGCCGCGCGUGGACGAGGUGCUGGAGCGCGCGGCCGCCGUGGCGUCCAUCAAGAGCCCCGAGGCCGAGGGCGUGCGGGGGCUGCUGGAGCGGCUGGGCGCGCUCUGGGCCGAGCUGCAGGAGCAGACGGAGCGGCGGCAGCAGGCGCUGGACGCCACCUUCCAGCUGGAGCAGUUCUACUUCGACGUGGCCGAGGUGGAGGCGUGGCUGGGCGAGCAGGAGCUGCUGCUGAUGAACGAGGAGAAGGGGAAGGACGAGCAGAGCACCCUGCAGCUCCUCAAGAAGCAUCUCCUCACCGAGCAAACCAUCGAGAACUACGAGGAGACCAUCGCCCAGCUCUCCCGGCAGUGCCGCGCCCUCCUCGAGCUCGGCCACCCCCAGAGCGAACAGGUCAGCAGGCGGCAGUCGCAGGUUGACCGGCUGUACGUGUCUCUGAAGGACCUGGUGGAGGAGCGCAAGGUCAAGCUGGAGCAGCAGUACUGGCUCUACCAGCUCAACCGCGAGGUGGACGAGCUGGAGCACUGGAUCGCCGAGAAGGAGGUGGUGGCCGGCUCGCCCGAGCUGGGGCAGGACUUCGAGCACGUCACGCUGCUGCAGGAGAAGUUCCUGGAGUUCGCCAGCGAGACGGGCAGCGUGGGCCAGGAGCGCAUCGCCGCCGUCAACCAGAUGGUGGACGAGCUCAUCGACUACGGCCACGCGGACGCCGCCACCAUCGCCGAGUGGAAGGACGGCGUCAACGAGGCCUGGGCCGACCUGCUGGAGCUGAUGGAGACGCGGGCGCAGAUGCUGGCGGCAUCGCACGAGCUGCACAAGUUCUUCAACGACUGCAAGGAGCUGCUGGGGCAGAUCGAGGAGAAGCGGCGGCGGCUGCCGGAGCUGGCGGCGCGCGAGGGCCGGGGCUCGGCCGGCGCCCUGCAGCGGGCGCUGGGCGCCUUCGAGCACGACGUGGAGGUGCUGGUGACGCAGGUGCGGCGGCUGCAGGAGGGCGCGGCGCAGCUGCGCACGCUCUACGCCGGCGACAACGCCGAGGCCAUCGCGGGCCGCGAGCAGGAGGUGCUGCGCGCCUGGAAGGAGCUGCUGGCGGCGUGCGAGGAGUGCCGGCUGCACGUGGCCGGCGUGGCCGACAAGAUCCGCUUCGUGGGCACCGCCAGGGACCUGCUGGCGUGGAUGGACGGCGCGCUCCACCAGAUGGGCGCCGGCGAGAAGCCCAGGGACGUGUCCUCGGUGGAGCUGCUGAUGAACGACCACCAAAGCCUCAAGACGGAGAUGGAGGCGCGCGCCAAGAACGUGGCCACCUGCCUGGAGCUGGGCAAGACCCUCAUCCUCAGCAAGAGCCCCGCGGCCGACGAGAUCAAAUCCCACAUGGAGAAGCUGCUGGCCAAGAAGAAGGAGAUGGCGGAGAAGUGGGACAAGCACUGGGAGUGGCUGCAGCAGAUGCGCGAGGUGCACCAGUUCGCGCAGGAGGCCGUGGUGGCCGACGCGUGGCUGACGGCGCAGGAGCCGCUGCUCAAGAGCCAGGAGCUGGGCAGCAGCGUGGACGAGGUGGAGCAGCUGAUCCGGCGGCACGAGGCCUUCCGCAAGGCGGCGGCCGCCUGGGAGGAGAGGUUCAGCUCGCUGCGGCGCCUCACCACGAUCGAGAAGCUCAAGGCCGAGCAGAACCAGCAGCCGCCCACGCCGCUCCUCACCCGCAAGUUCCUGGGGGAGCCCCCGGGCGCGGCGGAGCCCCGGCGGCCGGAGCCGCGCGUCGCCUACGUCCGGCACGAGCUGCGGCCGGAGCGCCUCCAGCCCAAGCUGGACCGCGUCCAGCCGCCGGCCGCCGACGCAGCGGCCACCGAGCCGCCCCCGGCCGCCGUCACCGCCGUCACCGCGGAGCCGCCGGCGGCCGCCAAGGCGGAGGAGCCGGGCGAGGCGCGGCCGGAGCGGCGCCGGGAGCGCCGGGAGCGCCGGCUGGAGCGGCAGGAGUCCAGCGAGCCGGAGCCGCCGCGGCACGACGGCAAGGGCGGCGGCAAAGCCACCCUGGCCGACAUCGUGGAGCAGCUGCAGGAGAAGGAGGCGGGUGGCCCCGUGCCGGCUUCGCCCCGUGACCGCGACUCCCCCGCCCGUCUCCCCGCGGGCCCCGAGUCCCUGCCGGAGCGGACGCCGCGCCCGGAUCGUCCCCGCGCCCGGGACCGGCCGAAGCCGCGGCGCCGCCCGCGCCCCCGGGACUCGGGGCAGGGCCCGGCGGAGCCGCGGCGCUCGCGCUCGGCGCCGGCCCAGGGCAGCGCGCCGCCGCCGCCGCCGCCGCCCGCGCACACCGUGGCGCACGAGGGGUUCCUGCUGCGCAAGCACGAGCUCGACGGCGCCGGCAAGAAGGCGUCCAACAGGUCCUGGGUGAACCUCUACUGCGUGCUGGCCAAGGGUGACCUGGGCUUCUACAAGGACGCCAAGGGCCCGGCGUCGGGGGCCACGCACGGGGGGGAGCCCCUGCUGAGCCUGCACCGCGCCGCCGCCGACGUGGCCAACGACUACAAGAAGAAGAAGAACGUCUUCAAGCUCAGGACCGGCGACGGGAGCGAGUUCCUGCUGCAGGCCAAGGAUGAGGAGGACAUGCAGGGCUGGCUGCGGGCACUGGCCGCCAGCGCUCAGGAGCACGCCGAGCUCGCCCGCUGGCACCAGGGGCUCCUCACCACCUCCUCCACCGACGAGGGGCUCCCCCGGCGCGACCCCGAGCGGCCCCGGCGGAAAUGAACCCCCCGAAUGAACCCCCGCUCCGGGCUCACACACCCCCCAAACCCCCAAAUUUCGGGGACCCGGACCCGCCAAAAAAAAAUAAA